AUGUCAGAUUAUAUUGCUCAAUCGUUAAUUCAACUGCUGCUGUUGCAGGAACAGGAACAGCAGACUUUGCUAUCUUCAAUUACAGGACAAAUCAAUACUGCAAGAAGUGAAGCCAAAGUAUUAUAUACUGAGAUUCUUAGUGUGAAACGAAGAACACAAGAUGCCACAAUUCAAGUCAUUUCCCAAAAUGUUAGUCAAAUACCCAAAAACUCAUGUAAUUUAACAUUAUAUAACACCUUGCGAGGACAUCAAAACAAAAUUGCCAAACUCUGCUGGAGCAGUGAUUCUUCAAAGAUAUUAUCAGCGUCUCAAGAUGGAUUUAUGAUAAUAUGGGAUGCAGUCACUGGUUUUAAAAAACAUGCUAUUCAGUUGAAUAAUCCUUGGGUGUUAACUUGCAGUUAUUCGCCUAACGAAAAGCUAGUUGCAUCAGCAGGGUUGGAUAACAACUGUACAAUAUAUAAAAUCAAACCCGACACUUCAAAUUUCCCAGUCACUGAAGAAAGAAGUGGAACUUAUCAAAUGCAGGGCAAUUUUUAUCAAUCCAUACAGUCAAUUUUCAAAGGUCACACGGCCUAUAUUUCAGAAUGUGAAUUUAUCGGCAAUAAUUCCAUAGUAACUGCAAGUGGCGAUAUGACAUGUUCAUUGUGGGAUUUAACAAAAGGUUCCAAGUCUCGAGAUUUCGUGGAGCAUUCAGGAGAUGUUUUGUGUUUGAGUGUAUUCCCACAAAAUAUCCUCAGUGCCAAUUUAUUUGUGUCGGGAAGUUCUGACGGUAGUGCCAAAAUCUGGGACUUGAGAUCACCUACUCCAACACAGUCAUUUGGAAUCUCUAAUAGUGAUGCCAAUAGUGUGAAAGUGUUCCCAGAUGGUAAUGCAUUUGCAACAGGUUCCGACGAUGGUCUGAUCAGGUUAUUUGAUUUGAGGUCCGAUUGUGAAUUGGGACAUUAUUCUUUGAGUCAGGAAUUAAGGAACAAACAGAAUUUGUCACACUUGACUAUACCAUCUCCAGUGGAUGAAAGAUACAUAAAAAAAUUUGGAAAUGCAGCUGUUCAGGCAUAUGAUGAACAACUGACUUCAUUGCUACAUAGUAAUGGGAGCAGCAGUGGUAACCUUGAUCAGUACAGCGUUAAUAGUUUGCAAUCAGUUAUUGAAAAUCAAGGUGUGUUUUCUUUGGACUUCGGUAAAAGUGGACGGUUUCUUUAUUCGUGCUAUUCUGAAUAUGGUUGUGUUGUCUGGGACACAUUAAAGAGUGAGACUGUAGGUAUUGUUGGAAGUGAGCAUAUGAAUAAGAUCAAUCAAGUAUCGGUCAGUCCCGAUGGUGUAGCUUUGGCAACUGGUUCAUGGGAUGCUACAAUCAAAGUUUGGUCUGUCUAA